GACGAGCAAAUCGCAGCUGCCCGGCUGAUCUCCACGUGCUGUCAGCGAAUCCAAGACCCCUGACGCCGCGAUAAAGGCCGUAAUCCACCUCACGCGCACACUGCAUUUAACUCGCGUAACCCCUCCAGAGCCUGGCGAUCGCACCUGCACUCCUCAACUCUGUUGUUUGCUCCACUGCCAUUGAGUGGCGACUAAACCUGAAACUUGACUCGAGGUUGAAACCUGAACUUGAAGCCAUGACCGGAACCUCGUCUUCCCCGCCUCCGGCCGCUACCGCUACCGCUACCGCUGUCGCUGCUGCCCCCGAGGCCACGCCUGCCCCUGCUGCCCCUGCUGCCCCCGAGGCCACGCCUGCCCCUGCUGCUGCUGCACCCCCCCCUGCUACGGUUGUGCCUUCUUCGUCAACAGCUGUCCCCCCGCCCGUUGUGCCUUCCUCGUCAACAGCUGUCCCCCCGCCCGAGAAUUCUUCAAACGAGGCAGCCGCUCAAAUCGAUGUUGACCCCGACUUUGGCCUCGACGCCGACUCGGCUCUAGGUGACGGCUCCGCCAUAAACUCGUCGACUGCUUCGCUGAGCUCGUCCAUCCUGAACUACCGCGAGGUGCACGGCCGAACAUACCAGAACUUCAAAGAUGCCGAAUACUGGGCUCCGAAUGACGAGGCUCAAAACGAUGGCCUGGACUUCCACCACAUGAUGUACCUCCUGCACGACAACAAACUCAACCUUGCCCCGGUUGAGAACCCCCAGGCGGUGCUCGAUGUGGGCACGGGCACGGGCAUCUGGGCCAUGGACUUUGCAGACCAAUAUCCGUCCGCCCAGGUCAUCGGGACGGACCUGUCCCCGAUCCAGCCGGCGUGGACGCCGCCCAACUGCAAAUUCGAGCUCGACGACGCGUCGCAGACGUGGACGUACCCGGACAACAACUUCGAUUUCAUCCACCUGCGGUUCAUGCUGGGCAGCAUCGAGGACUACGUGAAGCUGUACCGCGAGGCGCUGCGGUGUCUGAAGCCGGGCGGGUGGCUGGAGCACACCGACUUCACCAUCAAGCUGGGGUCCGAGGACGGGUCGGUGCCGGCCGACUGCGUGUACACGCUGUGGAACGAGCUGUUCCGCAAGGCGGGCGAGAAGACGGGCCGCACGUUUUUGGUCACGGACAAAAACCAGAACGCCGGGUGGAUGAGGGAGGCCGGCUUCUCGGCCGCCGUCUACACACGCAACUUCAACCUGCCCUUCGGCACCUGGCCCAAGGACCCCCGCUGGAAGGAGAUCGGCGCCUUCAACCUCGCCGGCUGCGAGCAGGGCCUCGAGGGCUACAUCCUCUACCUCGGCACCCAGGUCCUCGGCUGGAGCUUCGAGGAGCUGCAGGUCCUGCUGGUCGACAUGCGCAAGGCCAUGAGGAACACGUCGUACCACGCCUCGUAUCCGUGGUGAGUCAGUCACUUGUGGGGCCGUCGAGACAAUGCUGACUGACAUAUAAUUAGUUCCACCGUCUGGGCACAAAAGCCGUUCUGAUUGCCUUGUCUUUGUCUUGCCCGGUCUCCGUUGUUCACAUUGCUCUUCUUUGCGCACGAGGUUUCAUGUCACGCGCUACGUUCAAACUCUUGGUAAUAACUAGCCAUCACUUGAAUAAUGAGCUUGUUUGCAUUGACCUGCCCUACCUUUGUGCUAUUGUCGCAUGC